CCGCUCUUAGUGUGAAACAGCCAGCAAUGUAACUCCAGCUCCGGAACUAAACUUGUCUCUGCAUCUCUCGGGCUAGCGGAGCACGAUGGGGAGCUCAUCAGAUCUACAGAUGAUGGAGGAGCCCGAGAAACUAGCAGAACUGUCUAAAUGCUGCCUCUCAGAAGUCUUUGAGUUUGUUAGGAUUUGUCUUGUCUCCUACCCUCAUCUCUUCUACCUGAUGCUGUGCGUGCUAACACUGAGUGGGGUGAAUGCCAGUCCAGAGACUCUCUGCGGGGCAGAGUUGGUGGAUGCUCUCCAGUUUGUGUGUGGGGACCGAGGCUUCUAUUUCAACAAACCCACAGGUUACAGGUCGAGCGUGAGGCGACCACACAGAGGGAUUGUGAAUGAGUGCUGCUUCCAGAGCUGCGACCUCAAGUUGCUCGAGAUGUACUGUGCAAAACCACAGCGAGCAGAUGAUCCUGUACGCAUCCAACGUCACACAGAGAAAGGACAGAGGGAGAAUGUCUGGAGAAACCCCAAUCGAGCCAACACCAGCAGUGUCAACCGGAAUUAUCGAAUCUGAGACAUGUGAAAAUGAACAAGGGAUCGCUGGCAAACCUGGUCUAAUAUAACCCUGGUGUGGGCUUACUAAAAAAAAACCUGCCAAUUGUCCACAGUCGGAGUCACAAACUAGUCGCAAGUUAUCAAACGAGACCUGUUAGGUGAACUCAUUUUCUGAAAAGUAUGAAUUUUCCCCACCUUAUCAUCAUUCCUGGGUUUUU